AAAGAAACGCAAAUAAACACCAGCACGCAUCAAAACAAAUCCAAGGGGAAUUCUGCAAACAACAAAAAGUAGGAAUAAAGGAGUGUGUAAAACGACUAUUAGUACGACAAAACAAAAAAAAAGUAUCUCAAAACUGUGUUUAUCCCUACCUCCCAUACAUAUGCUAAUAAAUGGGCCGGCUAAGCAUAGCAGAAAUUUUGGGCUCGGCCCACUAAACCAACAAGCUCGAAAUCCCUGUAGAAAAGUUCUAGGAAUCAAUCAAUGAUUCGCAGUUUCUCCAUUUCUCCUUCAUCGCGUCGUAGAGAUUUGACAGAUUGGGAAAGAUUUUCGUCCGCUGCCUAAUUUUUGUAGUAAAAAAGCAUCGAUCAGAAAUGGAACCGGCGGUUAAGAAGAGGGGCGGCGGCGUGUGGGAGGGUAUGUAUAGAUUGGUCAUGCGCCGCACUCCGGUCUAUGUCACCUUCGUCAUCGCCGGCGCUUUUCUCGGUGAACGCGCUGUGGACCGUGGAAUUCGUGCUCUAUGGGACCACGUCAACGUUGGGAAACGGUACGAGGAUAUUUCGGUUCUGGGUCAGAGACAGUCUGAAGAGUGAAAGCAACAACGAUGAACAAUUUGCCCCGUCUUUCUUUUCUUCUUCAUAGAUUCGAAGAUGCAGUUUGAUGUUCAAUAAUUGUACUCUAUUUCCCGUUGCUGCUAUGAGCCUGCGGUUUUCUUUAAAACGAAAUUACAGGCAAAUUUGGAGUUGUAGUUUUUAUUUUUUGUUUUUGCUUUGCAGUCCUGAUAAGUUUGAUCUUAUGAGUGUCCUGGUCAUUUUGAACAUAAAUUAACUCAAGGUGAAAUAUUUCACUAGACAA